AUGGCUUCGUCAAAUCCGUAUAAUCACAAUGACUCUUCCCAAACAGAGCACGAUGAUUUAAUAGACCCUGACGAUGCUGGCAUUGAUGACCUUGAUGAUCCACUCCACCCGACUUCUUCUCGUGCACCUCUGGCUGGAAAUAUUUCCCAGCCUUCCUCAACCCAUGCCGAUAACUACUUUACUUCCCGCAUUCCAGGCGAAGACCGUCGAGCUCCACAAAAUACAAUUGAUGAAUCAGUAUGGGAAACGCUGUCCCGUGACCUACGUGCUAUUUGGUCAAAGAUGCGCGAAGUUCUUUACCCAAAAUAUCUUUUCGGCGGCAGCAUGCCAACUUCUUUGAGAAGCACAUACGAUUCUAUUAGAGGCACCAAUCGCGAAGAGCUGAUGGGCUUAGCUGGAAGGGUUGUUGACGCGGAUGUGUUGCUACAGGGAGGUAUGAGCGAGGGCUUAAGAGAUUGGGAUCUUUGGGGCCCCUUAGUGUUUUGCCUACUUUUAAGCUUAUUCCUAAGCUUCACAGCCGCAAGCGAACAAAAGAGUCUGGUGUUUAGUGGAGUAUUUGCUAUGGUUUGGAUUGGGGAAGCCGUGGUAACGGCGCAGAUAAAGCUUCUAGGAGGUAAUAUCUCUUUUGCGCAGUCAGUCUGUAUAAUAGGGUAUACUCUAUUUCCGAUUGUGAUUGCUGCACUUCUUUCAGUCUUUCAUCUUCCUACCGUCGCUCGUAUUCCAAUUUAUCUCUUCUUGGUCGCCUGGUCAGUCGCUGCAGGCGUAAGUAUUCUUGGAGGGAGCGGUGUGGUAAAGAAUAGGGUCGGAAUAGCAGUCUAUCCACUUCUCGUCUUUUACAUCGGACUAGGGUGUUUGUGUUUCAUAAGUUAG